CCUUCAGAGAUCCAAGGAGCUUGAACCGUUUGCAAUCGCAGAGAAAAGCAAGUUUCAGACAGAUGAGCGGCUCAGAUCUCACAGACGUUGGCUGGAGCCUCUUCUUGGCGGUUGGACAAUUGUAACCUCCGAGUUGAGUUUUCACAUGGAGUUGUAUCCAUGCUCUAAUAAUAGCCGAGCCAUUCAAGGUGACCACUCUGUCAUACCUAGCUCAUUGCUGUUCUCUACCGGUCUCCUGGGAAAUUUCAUUGCAAUCUACAUCUUAUGGCAACACAAGUUACGCACGAGGAACAAAACCUCAAUUUUUUAUAUUUUGGUUACUGGUCUGACAGUCACAAAUCUGAUGGGGAAAUGUCUGUUGAGCCCAAUGGUACUGGCUGCUUACUCCAAAAAUCAGACCCUGGUGCAGAUGGCGGACAACCGAAACCUAUGUAAUAUUUUCAGCUUCAUCAUGAUUUUCUUUGGAUUGGCACCGAUGCUUAUAUUAUUUGCUAUGGCUCUAGACUGCUGGAUUGCACUUGCGUACCCCUUUUUCUACUACAAUUACAUCACGAAGAAAAUUGGCUUGGUGGUACCACUUGUAGUCUACAUUUUCAGCGCCGGCUUCUGUGCUAUGCCUUUCCUGGGAAUUGGGAAAUUUAAACAGUACUGCCCCGGAACCUGGUGCUUUAUUCAAAUGACUGCGGAGGACUCGAAGCCUGACGUCCUGGCUUAUUCUGUGCUAUAUGGCACAGUCAUGGGAAUAUUUGUUAUAGCCAUCAUUAUCUGUAAUGUGGCUAUUAUGAGACGCCUUUACCAGAUGUACCAAAUUCAAAACCAGCGAAAUAUGAGCGGUUCCAGAACGGGACCCAAGGUGGAAUGCGCCAAGCAAGCAGGCAUGGAGGAACUAGAUCACCUAAUCCUCUUGGCGGUGAUGACGAUAAUUUUUGCGGUGUGCUCGCUUCCUUUAACUGUUCGAGUCUAUAUCGCAGCAUUCACGGCAGGGCACGAUGAAUAUGCCGACCUGCUAGUCAUUAGGUUUAUUUCAAUGAACUCCAUAGUGGAUCCAUGGAUUUUCAUCAUCUUCAGGACAUCAAAGUUUCACACCCAUGUGCACAGGCUUUGCAGCAGAAUUAAUUCUACGACCGCCACACAGACGGAGCUGCUAGAUACAACCACUAAACUUGACUUGAAAUUGGAAUUCCAAGUUCCUUUCAAAGAACUACUGUCAGUGACCAAGGUUCCAUGAACAGACUGUGAAAAAGAAUGAUGGCGGCGUGUGUGGGGCCCACAACGCGCACACUGCACCCAUGUUUUAAUAUUUUCCUUUCCGGAGUCCUGUAUUGGGCAAUAAUCACAGCCAAAAUGGCCGUCGUGCAUGCACUGUAGUGAAAUUAGUCUCCAGAACAUGGCAGGCACCAUUUUUCUGGAGACCUGCGAAUGCGCAAUAGCCUACAGCACAGUGCAGGAACCUACUGUGCCAUGAGGAGGAGGGGGCGACCCUGGAUUCUGCACACGGCCUCCUCCUCUGUUAAAAUGACCCUGUAAGGAUGAUUCAGAGAUGGACACAAUGUCAAUGAUGUACGCAGUGGAGUGAUUUUGGGGUCCAGUUGCCCCCUAGGCACAUUAUUGGUCGCCCCCACCAUGUCACUGCCCUCUUCAUGUCAAGACCAAUUCCAAUGCAUUCAGAGUGCCCAACAGUCCCAUUGUCACCCACCACCAGCUCCUGCACCACUGUUUGCAGCCCACUGUCCCACUUUGUCAGUUGCAAAGUAAAAAAAGAAGAAAAAAAAGUUGUAAUGACCCUCCCCCCAAAAAAGAAUUAACACACCCCAUCAGCCCGUUGUGCCGCAACCAGCAGGUGCUGCCCCUAGGCAAGUGCCUCAUGUGCAUAGUGGAAAAUCAAACACUGCCGACAGGGAACGUUUGUGCGAGGUAAUGAGGGAGUGGUGACAUAGGCAUGUCGACUCGAAACAGUUUCGGGGAGGGGGGAUGUCCCAACUCUGCGAUCCCAUAUGCAGCUCCAUUGCAUCUGACAUGUUACUUCCAACUGCCAUGCUGCAAGAGCAAUGUGCAUCCGACGUCUGCGCCUUCAUACACAAGCCGCGGCUCUGAAACACCUCGAAAUGGCAUCUCAAUAGAAAACUCCCGAAGGAUGCAGCAUUCGCAUGUUUCCGGCCCAGCCACUGCAUACUAAAUCGCAGCAGAAACACCAUUUGUGUAGAUCUCUGAAUCAGGCCCCGUGUACACUGGUGGUUUAUGAGAAAAAUAGGUCUGAUCAAGUUAUAAAAUAUCAAUAAAAUAUCUUAACACAUAUGGAGAGAAUAAUAGUGCACCGUUUCACUGUAAAAUAUAAGCAUAUUGUAAAAAUAAAGUAUAUAUUUAAGGUAGA